AUGGCCACCACCAAACCAGCUCAAGAACCGAAGAAAUGGAUCCUCAACGCCUUCUCCAUGAGCAGCCCAACCCAUGUCGCACCCGGACUGUGGCGGCACCCGAGGAACCAGACUCACCGAUACAAGGAAAUCGGGUACUGGAUCGAACUGGCAAAACUGCUGGAUGGGAAUUUCCACGCAUUGUUCAUAGCGGACAUGUUAGGAAUUUAUGAUGUGUAUAAUGGGCCUGGCAAUAUCCGAGAGGUGCUGCCGGGUGCUGCUCAAUUCCCAAUCUCUGACCCCUCUCUCCCAAUUGCUGCCAUGGCAGCAGUCACCAAGUCGCUCUCGUUUGGAAUCACAGCAUCGACAACUUAUGAGUCUCCGUUCUUGCUUGCCCGACGAUAUUCAACGCUGGACCAUCUAAGCAACGGCAGAGUAGCAUGGAAUGUUGUGACCAGCUACCUCGAGAGCGCAGCGAAGAACCUGGGCCUAGAACAGGAAGUAAGCCACGAUGAGCGGUAUGAUAUUGCGGACGAAUUUCUGGAUGUGGUUUACAAGCUUCUUGAAGGCUCCUGGCGGGACGACGCGGUCGUUCUUGAUCCUGAGCUGAAGACGUACACGCACCCUGAUCGGGUUCGACGGAUCGACCAUAGAGGGAAAUACUUCAAAGUUGCUGGCCCUCAUCUUGUCGAGCCGUCCAGGCAACGAACUCCAUUCAUCUUCCAGGCAGGGGCAAGCAAGGCUGGAAAGACGUUUGCAACCAGACAUGCCGAAGCAAUGUUCCUCCCAGGGAUGCACACUGAAUCUGUUCGAAAGAGCGUUCUCGAUAUUCGACAGACAGCGCUGGAGCAGGGUCGAGACUUGAAUGGACUGAAGUUGAUUGUGGGUAUGCUUGUGAUUGUCGACGAAACCGACGAGCGUGCGCAGCAGAAAUAUGACGAAUACUUGUCCUACGCGGACCUCGAUGGAUCACUGGCGCUUUUUGGCGGUUGGACGGGCGCGGAUCUGGGAAAAUACGCAGACGAUGACAACUUUGAGUUCACGGGCCCCGGUGCGAUUCAGAGUGUUGUCUCGAGCUGGAGGGCUACCAUUCCCGGGAGCGAGGGCAUCAAAUGGACGAAAAGGCGUGUCGCACAAGAACUGGCGCUUGGUGGGCCGCAUCCCCGUGCUAUUGGGUCUGCGAAGACGGUUGCAGAUAUGCUCGAGAGAUGGAUUUCCGAGACUGAUGUCGAUGGUUUCAAUAUCUCGUAUGCCGUUGGUCCGGGGGAUCUAGAGGAUGUGGUCAGAUACUUGAUCCCUGAGCUGAAGUCGAGAGGCGUCUUCUGGGACGCAGGAGCUGCAGAGGGACGAACGACACGAGAAAACUAUCUUGGUUCGGAUUUUGCAAAGGACGGUAGACUGAGCAGCGAUCACCCAGGGGCGAAGCACCGAUGGGAGGCCUCCAACGAGUAA